AUGAACAUCAAAAUCCAGGGAAUACCGGACUCUGUAGACCCAACAGAACGGUCUCACUACCUACGGAGGGUAACUGCUACACUGUUUCCUCACACCCAGGCCAAGAAAUUGGAAUUCAAUGGACACUUCAGAAUUAAUAAGGCUAAGCAAGCACUGCCUGCAGCCCUGCGGGAUGUAAUUGUGCGCUGUCAAUCCAUACUAGACAGAUUGUGCUUUCUAAAUGCAGUUACGAACAAUACCCCACUGGACUUUGAGUCAUCCAGACUCACUUUCUUUCAAGACAUAAAGCGCACCACACUACACUGGCGAAAGUCACUAAGCCCUAUAACUGCCCAACUUCAAAACGCAAAGGUGGACUACCGACGGCUGCUGCCAAGAACCUUACCAGUGGUACGGAAUGACACUAUCCUAAAACUCAUCUCUCUCGCGGAAGCCCCCACUUUCCUGCAGGCGUUGGGACUCUCGCAAGACACAGGGGCCCAAGAGACACCCUCCAUGUCCACACAUCACACAUGGGAUCCUGAGAGAACUGUCUCAUUCACCCCCAGAGGAGACCGGAAAAAAACAGCAGUGACCUGA